AUCUAUCUAGGUUGCCGCCGUCUUCUUCCCCCUGAGUUCUAAUAGAACUGAAAGAGGGGUUUAAUUUCUUAGAACCAGCCAGAUCGAUUGACAAAUGGGGCGCAUCAGUUUUACUCUUAUGGACCUGCAGCAGAUUAGUUAUAGAUUGCAAGGGAAGGGAAAACUGAAAUUUAGAUACGUUUUCAUCAACAAUAACAAAGGACGGAGACCACAAAGGAUUAAGCACAUCAGAGGUGGGAGCAGUAGUACUGGUGAGGCUAAUAUUACAAGUAAUGUUUCUACUCUUUCUCUUGAUUGUGAUACAAUAGCAAUUGAGAUACUUAGCAGACUCCCAGUGAAAUCGCUUAUGAGAUUUAAAUGUCUGUAAACAUUGGCGUUCCUUAAUUGAAGAUGAUGCAAAAUUCAUCGAUUUACACUUAACCAGAUCAAAAGAACGUCCAGGUCUAUUCAUGAAUUUCCCAGUCAACCCCUGCACUUAUUCUACCAAAGGAGUCAGUAAAGGGGAAGAAUUGGUUUUGUUGUCGGCUGACUUAUUUCAGGACAAGCCGGUUGCAGUUAACACCAUGAGGAAGACAAAUUCUUUGCAUUAUGAUAAAGUUCUAGGACCUGUUAAUGGUUUGAUAUGUUUCAUUGAUACUUCGGAAUAUGCUGUUCAGAUAUACAAUGUGUGUACCAGAGAAGUAACACCGUGGAUUAGUUCAGCAGUAUUUAUGGAAGAAAAGAGAAUGACAAAUUCUGGUAAGUAUCUUGUUAUAGGAGGAGCGAACUAUCAAUUUGGGUUUGACGCAAUUACUAACGAGCACAAAGUUGUUUUCGGGUGGAGAAUUCUCGAUAGAGUCCCUUGUCAGGUUUGUGAGGUCUUGACCGUAGGAGACAAUAAAUGGAGAACUAUUGAUGAGGUACCACUGAUUCAACUCGAUGGACAUGGAAUUAACGUUCAUGCGAAUGGUUCCUUGUAUUGGUAUGUGCCGUAUUGGAGGCGCAGUGGCCGUCCUGUGAUAGAAUUGAAUGAUGAUCCUACGGAAGAUUUUGCUGAAUUCUUAGUAGUGUUUGAUAUCGGAAGUGAGAAGUUCAGAAUGAUCAAAAUUCCUGGUACCCAUUUCGACCUUUUUGGAAGCGUCAAUGCUUUAUUAGAAGUUGAUGAGGGUAUAGCUAUAUUGCGUAGGAAUGAUGACGGUUUCGAGAUGUGGAUAUUUGAUGAUCGUGAUAAGAAGGAGAAUGGAACUACCACUAAUUCUGUUAGUGACAAGCUUUGGUCCACUGCAGUGACUAUCACAUUGCCUUGCUAUUUGUGCAGCGACCAACCAUUUUAUUUCCAUUCCAUUUCUGGGACAGACCAGAUAAUCAUAGAAACCAAUACCGAAACAUUGAGUAGACGAAAAAAAUUCUAUGAAGAGACGGGUGAAAAACGUAUUGCGCUUACCUGGAUUUAUUCAUACAAUUGGAAAGAGAAUACUAUGGCGAAAAUUGAUAUUCGUGCUAUUUCCUCUGCAAUUCCUUCUGAGUUUAAUUGGGUUACUAAGCUAUGUUCAACUUUUGUGGAAAGCCUUUUGACCGUUCGGAAGAAGCUGCAUCACCAUGGUACUCAGCCUCAGGAAACGUGAACAAGCUUUCAUCCAUUAUUCCUAGUGAUAUGUUAUAGAAAGCUUUGAAGGUAAUCCAUCUUUUUUUACAAUUUUUUUUCUCUUAGAAUCCUCAAGGCGUAAAUAUUUUCA